AUGUUGAGGAAGGGCUCAGAGCUGCUGAAGGGAGACAGGGAGGUUCUCCUGGAUCUGGACUAUGGGGGUGAAGCAUCAACCACAGACAGCUAUGGGAGUCUGCAGAACGGGAGCUUCAUCCCGUCAAGAUAUCUUUCAGCUGCAGCUGCUGACGAAGACAUAGAUGAUGAUGAUCCCAUUUAUAUUCACUGUGAUACAAGAAGUAACCAGCCAGUCCCACAGCUGGGGAAUUACUUUAGAGACGGAAAGACCAAAAUCGACUUUGUACUGGUGUGGGAAGUUCGCUCACGGAGGAAACGGCGAGGGAAGGGGAAGAGAGAAGUGACCAGUGAGGAGGGGGAAGCUGUGCCCACUGAGGAGAACAGCAGGUCUGAACGAAGGAAAGCACAGCUGGCACAGUGGAGGGAGAAGUUUGUUCAGAAUCUGGAAAGUGCUGGAUUGCUUAUGGAAAAGGAAGAAACUGCGAAUGAGAAGAAAACAAUACAUUUUCUGAAACUUAGCGCUCCUUGGGAUGUGUUGGUGUAUUAUGCUGAGGAACUCUGUGUGAGAGCUCCAUUACAGGCACAGCCAAAUCUGGACUUGAACACAUCUGCUCGGCUGCUGAGUAGACUAUGCAUACCUAAUGUAAUGAUAGAAUCAGUGCCAAACAGGCCGUUGGACUAUUACACAUGUGCCUUUCGCAAGUCAAAAAUGAACAGGUUCCUUGGUUGUGACAACCAUGAAACCUACUUCACUAAUACACAAAGACACCGUAUUGUAUAUGAGAUUCUUGCCAGGACGGUGUAUGGCAAAAGGAAAAGGGCAGAGGUUGGUGUGGACAGACUGGUGAAUGAAGGGGUAUACGCAGCAGCUUUUCCCCUGCACGAGGGCCCAUUUAAGCUUCCAAGUUACGAGAUUCGCCCCGACGAGCUGAAUCAGAGGCAGAUUCUUUACCACUACUGGGCCCGCUGGUUCAAAUGGUACAAGUACCAACCACUGGACCACAUCAGGGACUACUUUGGAGAAAAGAUUGCCCUCUACUUUGCCUGGCUGGGUUUCUACACAGCCUGGCUGCUACCAGCGGCUAUAGUUGGAACCCUGGUCUUUGUGUCUGGAGUCAUGUCCAUGAGUACCAACACACCAGCCAAGGAAAUCUGUAACAGCGGAGCGGGUUAUCUGAUGUGUCCUCUCUGUAAUACAUGCAAGGCCUGGAACAUGUCUGAAAUCUGCACCAUGGCCAAGUUGGGCUACUUAUUUGACCACCCAGGUACCGUCCUCUUCAGUGUGUUCAUGUCUUUCUGGGCUGUAACCUUCCUGGAGUACUGGAAGCGAAAGAUGGCCACCCUGGCCCAUCACUGGGACUGCAUGGACUUCCACGAAGAAGAGGAGCGUCCUCGUCCAGAGUUUGCCGCCAUGGCCCCGACAAUGGAGGAAAACCCGGUGACUGGCGUCAAAGAGCCCUAUUUUCCAGAGAAGACCAGGUUGUCCCGCAUGUUCACUGGCUCCAUGGUCAUCAUUAUGAUGCUGUGUGUGGUGAUGAUUUUCCUGGUGACGGUGGUCAUGUGCCGCGGUAUCAUCAGCGUGAUGAUGUUCCAUACUGGGAGCCCUGUCCUGCGUACAGAGGCAGGGACAAUAGCCAACAUCUCCAGCAGUAUUGUGAAUCUGGGCCUUAUCCUGUUGAUGGGCCGGGUCUACACUGCAUUAGCUGAGCAGCUCACUAAAUGGGAGAUGCACAGAACACAAACUCAGUAUGACAAUGCCUUCAUCUUCAAGGUGUUCAUCUUCCAGUUUGUCAACUUCUACUCGUCCCCCUUCUAUGUGGCUUUCUUUAAAGGAAGGUUUGUGGGUUAUCCUUCCAACUAUGGGACCUUGUUUGGGAUGAGAAAUGAAGAUUGUGGUCCUGGGGGAUGCCUUAUUGAACUGGCUGAACAACUCUUCAUCAUCAUGGUGGGAAAGCAACUCAUCAACAACAUUCAGGAGUUCAUUAUCCCUAAAGUGAAGGCCUGGCGCCAGAAGAGAAGUUUGGCCAAGGUGCUGGGGGAUAAGUCAUCCCAUGAGCCUCGGCGCUGGGAGGAAGACUACAAGCUUGUGGAGUGUGAAGGCCUGUUCGAAGAGUACCUGGAGAUGGUGCUACAGUUUGGGUUCAUCACCAUCUUCGUGGCAGCUUUCCCCCUUGCUCCGCUCUUCGCUCUCCUCAACAACUGGGUGGAAAUCCGUCUGGACGCCCACAAGUUUGUGUGCGAGUACCGCCGACCGGUGGCUGAGCGCGCCCAGAACAUCGGAGUCUGGUUCAACAUACUGGAAGCCCUGUCACACCUGUCCGUCAUCGCCAACGCUUUCCUAAUAGCUUUCACAUCCGAUUUUUUACCUCGACUGCUCUACCAGUACAAGUUCAAUAAUGAUCUCAGUGGAUACGUCAACUUCACCUUGGCCUACGCCCCACUUAACUACACUGAGUACCCUAUGUGCAGAUAUAAAGCAUACAGAGACAACAAUGGGAAUUAUACUCUGUUCUACUGGGAACUUCUUGCUGUCAGACUUGGUUUUAUCAUUGCUUUUGAGCAUGUGGUGUUCUUCGUGCUGCGAGCCAUCGACUGGAUCGUUCCUGAUGUCCCAGAAUCCCUGGAGCUGAAGAUCAAGAGGGAGCGUUACCUGGCCAAGCAGGCUCUGGCCGAAAACCAGGAGGCGCUGUUGCAAGCGACGCGUCCUUUGGAAACAUGAGUUAGGACUCCGCUGUGGAAAAUGAGAGGUUUGAGGGGAGAACAGGAGGGAUAAGAAGAAUGACACUCCUUCAUGAGUCAACAUUUUACCUGAUUGGAAUACUGUCUUUGCAUUGGGAUUUUGUUUUAACUUUGCCAAUGUGCACACUGCUGCACAGACAUUAUGAUAAGCAGGUGUGUAAUGGAGGCUAAACUCAACCAAAACUCAGUUUACCCAGCGUUUGGAGAACACAGUUCCUAAACAUUUUCAG